CCAGGAAAGUAAAGUUUGUGGAAUUCCUGAUUUGACCCAGAUCCCAAUACGAAGUGGAGCAUUGACACUGCAGCGUAGUCUGGUCACCACAUGAGGGGACAGGUGGACCUGGGUUUACAAAGGCAUAGGUGUCCAGGUUGUGAGGAAGAGGCCGUCUGUGUCAUUAUGUGUGCGUCGGUCAAGUACAAUAUCCGGGGUCCUGCCCUCAUCCCAAGAAUGAAGACCAAACACCGGAUCUACUACAUCACCCUAUUUUCCAUUGUCCUUUUGGGCCUCAUUGCCACUGGCAUGUUUCAGUUCUGGCCCCACUCCAUCGAAUCCUCAAGUGACUGGAGUGUGGAGAAGCGCAGUGUCCGGGAUGUGCCCGUGGUCAGGCUGCCAGCUGAGAGCCCCAUCCCUGAACGGGGAGACCUCAGCUGCAGAAUGCACACUUGCUUUGAUGUCUACCGCUGUGGAUUCAACCCAAAGAACAAGAUUAAGGUGUUCAUCUACUCUCUGAAGAAGUACGUGGAUGACAUGGGUGUCCCAAUCAGCAGCACCAUCUCUCGGGAGUACAAUGAACUGCUCACGGCCAUCUCAGACAGUGACUACUAUACUGACGACAUCAGCCGGGCCUGCCUCUUUGUUCCCUCCAUUGACGUGCUGAACCAGAACACUCUGCGCAUCAAGGAGACAGCACAGGCCCUGGCCCAGCUCUCCAGGUGGGAUCAAGGUACAAACCACUUGUUGUUCAACAUGUUGCCCGGAGGCCCUCCUGAUUAUAACACUGCCUUGGAUGUCCCCAGAGACAGGGCGCUGUUGGCCGGUGGUGGCUUCUCUACGUGGACUUACCGGCAAGGAUAUGACGUCAGCAUUCCUGUCUACAGUCCACUGUCAGCAGAGGUGGUUCUUCCAGAGAAAGGACCAGGUCCCCGGCGAUACUUCCUCCUCUCCUCUCAGAUGGUUGUCCAUCCUGAAUACAGAAAGGAACUGGAAGCCCUUCAGGCCAAACAUGGAGAGUCAGUGUUGGUCCUAGACAAGUGCACCAAUCUCUCAGAGGGUGUCCUUUCUGUCCGCAAGCGUUGCCACCAACACCAGGUCUUCGAUUAUCCACAGGUGCUACAGGAGGCUACUUUCUGUGUGGUCUUUCGUGGAGCUCGGCUGGGCCAGGCAGUGCUGAGUGAUGUAUUACAGGCUGGAUGUGUCCCUGUCAUCAUUGCAGACUCCUAUAUUCUUCCUUUCUCGGAAGUUCUUGACUGGAAAAGGGCGUCUGUGGUCGUACCAGAAGAAAAGAUGUCAGAUAUGGGCACUGUUCUGCAGAGCAUCCCACAAAGACAGAUUGAAGAGAUGCAGAGACAGGCACGAUGGUUCUGGGAAGCAUACUUCCAGUCAAUUAAAGCCAUUGCCUUGGCCACCCUGCAGAUCAUCAAUGACCGGAUCUAUCCAUAUGCAGCCCUUUCCUAUGAAGAAUGGAAUGAUCCUCCUGCUGUGAAGUGGGCCAGUGUAAUCAACCCCCUCUUCCUCCCGCUGAUCCCACCGCAGUCACAAGGCUUCACCGCCAUCGUCCUCACCUACGACCGUGUGGAGAGCCUCUUCCGAGUCAUCACUGAAGUGUCCAAGGUGCCUAGCCUAUCCAAGCUGCUGGUCGUCUGGAAUAAUCAGAAUAAAAACCCCCCAGAAGACUCUCUCUGGCCCAAAAUCCGGGUUCCAUUAAAAGUCGUGAGGACUGCUGAAAACAAGCUGAGUAACCGUUUCUUCCCUUAUGAUGAAAUUGAGACGGAGGCUGUCCUGGCCAUUGAUGAUGACAUCAUCAUGCUGACCUCAGAUGAGCUACAGUUUGGUUAUGAGGUGUGGCGGGAAUUUCCUGACCGACUGGUGGGCUAUCCAGGCCGCUUGCAUCUCUGGGACCAUGAGAUGAGCAAGUGGAAAUAUGAAUCUGAAUGGACCAAUGAGGUAUCCAUGGUGCUCACAGGCGCAGCUUUCUACCACAAGUAUUUCAAUUACUUGUAUACCUACAAAAUGCCUGGGGAUAUCAAGAACUGGGUGGAUGCUCAUAUGAACUGUGAAGACAUUGCCAUGAAUUUCCUGGUAGCUAAUGUCACAGGGAAAGCAGUCAUCAAGGUGACCCCACGAAAGAAAUUCAAGUGUCCUGAAUGUACAGCCAUUGAUGGGCUCUCACUGGACCAGACACACAUGGUAGAGAGGUCUGAGUGUAUCAACAAGUUUGCUUCUGUCUUUGGGACGAUGCCCCUCAAGGUGGUGGAGCACCGAGCUGACCCUGUGCUCUACAAGGACGACUUUCCUGAAAAACUGAAGAGCUUCCCCAACAUUGGCAGCUUGUGAAGUGCACCAGUGCUGGGGGAUGGAGGAUGGGCCUCCUCAGCACUAUAGCAAUAUGGGGUGGUGGGGGCCAGAGGGUACAAGGAGGACAGCCUGGUUCUCACUCUCCAAGCAGAGUGUCCUCACAUCUCCAGUGGGCUCUCCACAAAUACCAAGGAGAGGGAGCCUUAGGGAUGCACUGCAGGUAUGAACUCUGCACAGCACCGUGGCUUGCAGUCCCUGAUUUUCUCCACUGACCAUACAACUGCCAAAGGGGAGAAGGCUGCUAACCAGUUUAGGUGCCAGGAAUCAUGGCAGAGAUGGACAGACCUGGAGGAACAGCCAAGCUCCAGAUGUGACACAGAGCCCAGCGUCUCUGGGGGUUUGAACUGUGCAUGGGACCUGGGAUGCAGGCACAUGCCAAGGAAGAACACCAGAUGCUGAGUCUGGGCCUAUCAGCCUGAGAACAGCAACUCUUAGGUUUGACUUUUUAAUAAUGAUUAAAAUCUUUUUUUUUCA